AUGUUGCUGCCAACGCUGAUAUUCACACUUUUCGCUUUUAGCUCCUGUUUAAAAUUACCACCAAGUUUUCAGAAAUGUAACCGCAAACAACCCGACCUGAAAGAGUGCCUCUUGAAUGCAGCCCAAAACGGCUUGUUUCAGUUAGGUCGACCAAUUCUCAGAGACUUCAAUAUUCCGAGUUUGAAUCCAGCUAAAGUAGUAGAAGCAACCAUCAGUUCCGGAACUGGACCAGUUCAAGUUGAACAGAAGCUUAGAAAUUGCGAAAUUAGGGGCUUACCUCUGGGAAGACUCGACACGUUUGAUUGGGAUUUUGAUGCGAAGUCGAUGCAUUUUGGAUCGUUUUUUUCGGAAGUGAACGGACGCUGUGAAUAUGACUUGGAUGGGAAAAUUCUGCUUCUGCCAAUAAGAGGGACUGGAUCAGCGGUGGUACUGAUGACGAAUACAACACUGAAUGCUGAUUUGAGGUAUGAAGAAGUCAAAAAGGCGCACAAAACCUAUGCAAAUUUUGUAUCCAGUGAAGUUACUGCGGAUCCAGGACAUGUUUACUUUCAUUUCGAUAAUUUGUUCGAUGGUGAUAAACAGCUGGGGGAUAAUAUUAAUCGUCUGGUGAACGAAAACUGGAGGGAGGUUUUUGAUGAUGUUCGUGACGGUUAUAUUGAAAUGCUAAGCCGGAUAUUCCUCCAGUAUUUGAAUAAUUUGUUCUCCAAGGCGUCACUGGAAGAACUUCUGGAUUAA